UCAGAAAAAGAAAAAAUGCUGAAAAUUCUAAAAGGACAAGAAGAGUCAAUUAAGGGCUUGAUUGUAUGUGAAGAAGUGGAUAACGCGUCGUCACUCCCAUUUGUUCUUCAUUUCCUUUCUACAGCUUCGACUUCAAGUCAAAAAGUCGCUAUUGUUUCGACCAAAUUGUCUGAAACAAAUUACAAACUGAUUUGUUCGAAGGCUGGAGUUCGAUGGAAUCCCACUCAAAUUAGUUUCUACGAUUUCUUGAAACCAUUCGAAUUAUUUGAUAUCACCUCUGAACAAAUUAUGGACGAGUUGUACAAGAAAUUAAUUGAUUCCUCUGCGUCAGUUAUUCUCUUCGAUGAUCUUUCAAUAUUGGAGCAAUUUGGAGCAACUUCAGUUGAAACUACCAUUUUCGUGCACAAAAUCUACACACAUUUAAAGACGUUAUCACAAGAAAAUGCGCUUCUUCUCGCUUCUUUCUCUAUCCAUUCGAAUGCUGUGGAUAUUCUGAAACCCCGCUGCCACGUAUUUGUCCAGAUGUCGCCAGUAAGCCAUGGUUUUGGAAAAGAUGCAUCAGCAAAGGCGGUGCUCACUAUCAAAUCACCAUCUGCUCCAACAUCAACGAAAGGAAUUCUUCUUUCCGGUGAACGCACAAUCAAUGGAUCAUAUAUAACUGUGGAUCAGUGAUCUUGUUUUGUUACUGAAUAAAAAAAAUGAUUCAAAAA